AUGUGGGUGACUUAUUCCACAUCCGCAGUCCAAUCGACGUGCAUGCCAAAGUGUGGCAUGUUAAUGUUCGCAGAAAAAUAUCUUACAGUGACAUGGAAAACAAAUAGGCUCAUGGACGAACGACUUCAUUUACAACAUGGGCGGAAAACCUGA